GGCGCACCCUCAGGAGUCUGGCGGAGGUCUGGGGUGGAAGGUAGCUUCGAUCGUUAAGCCCAAGUGUGAAUCAGCGAAAAUUGUUGAGCGGGGCAAACUUGCUGGAAACUUUAGGGGAAAAUGAAUAACGACCGAGGAGGAGAUGCCAUAAUAGCUGUCCAAGAAGAGCGUGCAAGAAUAGGAGGAGUUGAAGUAACACGUCAGACACUGAUAGCUGCCACGGAUGAAGGUGUUGUUGCGGUGCAAGUGAACUCUGUGGAACACUCCGGAUACGGUGGUUACCGUCCUGCGUUACAAGGAGGGCGCCCUGCAUUACCAGGCAGUCCUCGUUACCCAACCCAAGCUACGAACUACAGGGAGAGUCGAAGCUGCACUGAUUAUUGCUGUUUGGCGUGUGACAGUGAUUAUGAAUGGUACAAGUUGGAAGGAAAAGGUUGUUGCUGGGUACUUGUCCUUUUGCUGCUGUAUUUGGUUAUCGGAGUUAUUUUGCUGCCCUUUUUGAUCCUGUACCUUGUUUGUCUCUGCCUUUGUUAUCCCUUGGGAUGCUGUAGGAACAGCGACAACGACAACGCUCCACUGGUCAACUCGUAAGAUGUAAUGAUUGGCAUCAGUUUGGGAUUAUCACAAGAGUGUGGUAGAUCCUGUCGAACUGACAGCGUUAAAGGUUUUACAAUUAUUUCCAAACGUAGCCGGGUUUAAAAUAGUUUUGCAUUUGUUUUGGUCUCUAAUUUGGUAGAAAAACUCAUAUGACAUGCGUUACCCAACCAAACUGCAGUUCAAAAUGAAAAUGAAAAUGAAAACCAAUCGUGAUUUUGUUUACGCAUUGUUUUCUUCGCCUGUGCUUGUUGAGUUGGCUAGUCACUUUUUUGUUGUGUAAUUAUUGACUCAAUUAUUUUAAUAUGUUUUAGUUUGAAAACUCAAAAGGUCAGUGCGCGGGUAGUUGCUUACCCUCAGGGGAGGGAGGAAGGGAACGGCGGGGGAUGCAUUUUGUUGACGUUUGGGCUUUGCUUGCAUGGUGUGAACCCGAACAAUGUUUAUACGACAGAUUCGUUUAUUUUGCUACCCUGUUUAAGAUUUCUAUUCGGUGACUUUCAGGCAAUAAAACUGCGGUAUGAGGUCUUAUUCGUUAGAGAUUUACCGGAUGCGAGAUAUGUACUGAAAAAUUAACGGGAUACAGCGGGUUGUUUUGGGGGUAAAUCAAUGGGACAUGGGAUCUUUAGAACAGAUAUUAAUUUUCUGGAUAGAAAUGGAAAAUGACUAAUCUUUGAAAAUUAGAAUUUACUGGAUGCGGUAUAUUUAGGCAAAAAUUAAUGGGAUAUGGGACUCCCAGACCUCCCGUAAUGGAGCCUUGUUCCAAGUCUAGCCAUAAGUCAUAGUGUUUUUCUCUAAUUCAGAUAACGUAUAAAAACCCAACGGAAUGCCUUCAGUGUCCUUGACGGUCUAGUGAGGUGCCAUCCACACUGCUAAAGUCAUAAUUACAGUAUCAUUCAACUUUAAACGACCCUGGGAUUAAACAAGGAGUCACAAGCGAACUCGAACCACAAUACGCGAGCGCAUAUCGUGAGGGAGUUCAAACUUUUUUAUGCCUUGAUUGCUGCUGACAAUUGAGGAGCAUUGAAGCAUUUUAUUUACAUGUCAAUUUAAAUUUCAAUUACUAAAUUUCUUAUUAUACAGUUGUUAUAUUGCUUUGUGUUAUUAAAAUAAAUAAUGAAGUCUUCAUUUUAAACUUAUCCUUAAAUAAAAAAUAUGAACGUUUAA